AUAUGAUCACACGUUUAGUUACUUUUUUAUCUUUCUACGUUAACAUACAAUAAUGUUUAUGUUCACACCAAAUAGAGAAAUGAGCUUGAGCAAAGACUGGGAUGCGGCACGGGUGGCAUUUGAGGAGGCUCUUCGAGAAAGCUAUCGCACAGCAUUACAAUUUCAACAUGUAGCUGAUCAGAAAGAGCGAGCUGCAAAGCGACAGUCACCUGCUCCUGCCACAAGCCUUGUCCCUGUCCAAUGGAUAGAGAGGGACAGAAGAGGCAACAUAAUUCACCAGAGACCUGGACUAAGAAGGCCUCAAGCCAUGUUUCCAGUACCAGUACCCAUACUCCUGCAGUACCAUGCUCCUGCACCUAUCCCCACAAGAUUCAGACUCCCUGAUGCAGGACCUACAGGAGCUGAUGGGGAGUUUCAUGGGGCCAGAUUGUCACGUAACCCCAAAGGUGACUUGGGCAGAGAGGCAGACAAAAGUUGGGGGAAAGGAUUGAGGCAAUGGUGGACAGCAUGCUCUCUGCUGAAGAAUGUCAAAAGACUGAAAGAGACGACCAGCCUCCUUGAAGAAAAGCGGGCAGAGCUGGACAUCAACCACGCUGUGAUUCAGGAGUGGGUUGCUGAGGUCCAGCAGUGGCCUGAAGCCACACUUCAGGAUAGUCAGACAGGGCAGACACGGCAUCUCCAGAAGAAGACUGAGGGGCUUGACAGUGUGAGACAGAGGAAACACUACCUCUACCGUUGGACAGGUAAGCCCCAACAACAAUAUGACCUCAAACACAUUAUUAAUCAAGCAGUAAAACUGAUUUGUGAAAGAAAAUGCAUUAGUCAUGCACAUCAGACGAUGUUGAUGAUCAAAUGUAGGCAUGACCUAUGUUAUCAAUUGAUCUAAUGCUAAACAUUUCAUUCAACUGAGAAAUUACGUGACCAUAAACAACAGAUCAACUUGUGAGCCACAACUGUGCGUGCCUUGUGUAAUGUUAUAACUGCAUGACAAAUGCUUUCGAACUGAGUUAAUUGAUUUGUACUUUCUUUGUUUGUGCCCCUAUAGUAGCUCUAUAACUUUUAGUAAUGUAAUAUAUCUGAUUUAUUAUUUAUUUAAUUAACCUUUAUUUAACUAGGCAAGUCAGUUAAGAACAAAUUCCUAUUUACAAUGACGGCCUACCCCGGCCAAACCCAAACCCGGACGAUGCUGGGCCAAUUGUGUGCCGCCCUAUGGGAUUCUCAAUCACUGCCGGUUGUGAUACAGCCUGGAAUCUAACCAGGGUCUGUAGUGACACCUCAAGCACUGAUAUGCAGUUCCUUAGACCGCUACGCCGCUCGGGAGCCCCCAGUCCGUCUAAUCACCCCUUUUUAUUCAGACGGCAACAAGAGGAGGCAUCAGAUUCGGAUAAAAAUAGUUGAGGACAAGACCUUGCCAACUGCCAUUGUUCAACUUCACGAGCAGCAGCCAAAGUUUAGGCUCCCCACAGUGGAUGAGCUGCUCAAUACUGACAACUUUGUGUGGUCAUGGGAGAGACUUGGCAACAGUAAGUGUAUGAUUGCAGAAGGUUUCUAUUGUGAUUGAAUGUUUACCUUCACCGUAGGCUGCAAUCAUCACUGUUCCGUUAUAUACCUCUGUGAGCUUACAUCUCACAGGCAACAGCCAUCUUGCCAUCAAAAAGGCAAUCUUUUACAGACUGAUGUUGGUGAACAGACUGCAAGAGGAAGAGAGGAUCCUGGUGCAGGAGAUGAAGAGGCACUGGGGAAGCCUACAAAGAGCAGUUAGAACUCUGGCGGCACUGUCCCUACAGCUGCAAGGCAAUGCAGUGGAGUUUUCAGAGGGAGGGAGACCUUCUCUGCCACCUGAAGAGAAGAUUGAGUGACCUGACACAAGACCAAGUCAACACCAGGAAUACCUACCACAAGCUCAUUCUGGGAGAAGUGGAUAUUUUUGAUGAUUCUGUAGAUGAGAACUCAAAUGAAGAUAGCAGUCCUAUUAACGAGAGGUCGAGGGCUCAGAUGACGACUGCUAAAUGCUUUCUGAAAUCAUACACCACCCCUGCCUCUUUCUCUCGGUCUCGCUGUCUCCUACAGGAGAGGGAGAAGGCCACCACCACCUCCUUUGGGAGCAACCUGGUCUCUUGACGUUGGCCCUUUACCUUCUGAACCAAUCCAGGGAAAAGUAAUUUGCCUGAUGACUCGCUAGUGGAGAAGGAAUGUCUCAUUUCAGCCGCAUUUGUUUCCAUGUUUCCUCUACUCACCUCCUCUCCUCCGUUUCUUCCAGUCCUAGACUAUGGCGACGUCAUCAGCACGUCAUCAGACUGUUGUUUGAGGACCUCUUUACUGAGGAAUGUGGUUGUUCUUUGUGAUAGUUUUUUUCCCUUGGGGUAUUUUUUUAUAUUUUUAAAAUGUACUUAACAGUAUAAAAAAAACACUUAACAAAUUCUUAUUAACAAUGACGGCCUACCCUGGCCAAACCCUCCCUUAACCCGGACGACGCUAGGCCAAUUGUGCGUCCAGGAUCGAAACAGGUUCUGUAGUGACGCCUUAGACCGCUGCGCCACUAUAAUGCCGUGAUUGGGAUUUUGGUGUAAUUGUGAGUUGCAAGAGUCCUUGGUCUCAAUAGGAAUGCUAAAAGUGAUUUAAAUUAGCCUACAAGUCUUUUUUUAAUAUGAUACUAAUGAUCAUCGGCAACAAUCACAUGGCCGUUACGAAGUUUACAGAGGAAGCACAUGAAAGUAAAGAAAACAAUGUAAUUAAAUGAAAUAACAAUCUAGGCUAAACCAACUGAAGCGGGCUAAAAGUAAAUUGGCAGUUGGUUAUGUGUGGUUAUUAGGCCUACUGACAGUCAAUACUGAAUAUCUACCUUGAUAGAAAUAGGAAACAGGGAAAGUCGUGGUAGCCGAUAAUUAAAACGUUUCGAGAGUGUCCAUCCCAGCAAGCUAAAAGGCUGUACAAUUUAAAUGCUGCAUAAUGGCACAGUAUUUCAUAAACUUUACUAUUGGAAAGUUGAUACGUUUAUAUGCUUGCGUUUGCUGCCAUAUGACUGGUUUCACACGUGUCUCCAGCGAUUAUAAAGGUAAAAUGUAUCUAAAACAAGUGUCAUUUAUAUUUACAAUUCCCUUAUCCAAAAGGAUUACUAGUUUACAUAGCUGUUAUCGUAAAAAAUAAUAUAGAUGUUUUUUUCCAUUUGGUUCGCAAUACCUUAUUCAUGACUUCCUUGCGCGUAAAGGAGGUGGAAUUAUUAGGGAAUUAAGUCAAGGUCAGAAAACGGCGUACAGUAUAUGUAGACACUUCAGCCACACCUUAAUGUAUUCGAUCUCCACUCAAAACGAAUAGCAGGUGAACAGCAUGCUAUUUUCAUGUUUAAAUUCAAGCUCACAAUAAUCACAAUAAGCACUGAGAAAACAGCAUACAAAGGGAAUUACGUUCCAUUUACACACAUGCUUAACUCUGUCUGGAAUCACACCUCAUGUGAGCAAUGAGCAUGUGUCUGGUUCGUUUCUCUGUCCUGUUAAUGUUGAAGUAGUGAUGACGUCGGAAAGCGCCCAUUUGGGGAUGUCUGAUUUCUGAUCACCACUACUACUAAGCUGAGCUUCUCAGUCAUUUUUGUAACCUUGUGACAAUGUUUUUGAGAAACUAAAACGUUGUUAUUGAAACGAAACUGUGACGAGACAACUGUGACAACUGGCACGCAGAUUGGUAGGAUAAAUUCUUAGCUUCCCCAAAUGUGAAAUGUAACCAUGGCCAGUAGAGAGGAAAGGAAAGGGAGCUGGGAAAGGAAAUAAGGACAUGAAAUAGGGAAGAAAGCUAGGAAAAGGAAACGAUGAAAGGAGAAAAGGAAACUAGGAAAGACUAUUAAAAGGAAAAUAAUGAAAUUAAGAGGAAAGGAAUUAAGGAAACGGAGGUAUGGAAAAGAAAGGAAGUCAUCAAAAGGAGGAAAGGAAGCUAGGACAUGAGGGAAGGAAAGGGAAAGGAAUCUAGGAACAAAAAAGAGGAGUUCAUACAUGUGGUAGGGAUUAACCACGGCCAGUAAGGAGGUAAGGAAGGGAGCGAGAAAAGGAGAAAAGGAAGCAAGGAAAGGUGGAAAGAAAUCUAGGAAAGAAGAGGAGUUCACAAAUGUGGUAGGGAUUAAACACGGCCAGUAGAUGGCGAUAGUAUUGCUUUUAGUGACAGGCUGGUUUCGUCACAGGGCUGCAGCUCCAUACUAUUGGUCAUACCAGCUAAACUUGUGUUGUAUGAAGCUUGCUGAACACGCACCAGUUCAAAAUAACUUCUUAAACAAAAGAUAGGACAAUGUGUGCCUUCAAUAUCAAAUGCCAUACGGAAACAAUUUAUUAUAAAACCGUUUGGAAACAUCAAGUAAAAACACAAAAUAUAUCAAUCUUGACACUUGUACCAAGGAUGGCCGGCAUCCCUACUCAAACAAAAGCAGACAGAUGUUCAAACUAGGCAAAAUGAUGUGAGCCUGCAAAAUUGUUCGGAUUCUCAGGUACACAAGCACUUCUCGGCAAACACAUUCAAUAGUCCAACCCAACCAUAGGCAUAUUCACAUCCUAGCCAUCUAUUUACUCAACAUUUGCUUUUGUUUGAAUAGGGCGCUAGGCCAUACAGUUAGAACCACAAAAAGAAAAACUAGUCAGACAAAACUGGCUUCAAAUGAAACAAAUAUGAACACCACCAUACUCCCCAUAUUCACAUAAAAUGGACAUUAGCACUGUACCUCCAGUAUGUCUAACCCAAUCACAGAAUUAAACAAAAGGGAAAGAAUGAA